UUGCUUUGCGCCGCAGUGACCGUUCCCGCUGCGCUAUAGUGUGUAGUGGUUUGUUUACAUAUUUAACUGUUCUGGUUAUGUAUGUGAGUAUGUAACGUCAUGUCGGUCUCAGCACUCUGUGGUUGUUUCCUGGUUCUAAUAAUCUUCAUAUUACGGUUAAUCGUUGUCCUAAGGACAGAAUGCAAACCUGGCAAAAAGGGCUCCGUGUCCGUUCUUGUGGUAGCAGGAUCAGGUGGACACACCACAGAAGUAAUCCGUUUGAUGGGGAGUUUAUCCCCGUCCUACUCCCCGAGACAUUAUGUCAUAGCAGACACCGACAAGAUGAGUGAGGAGAAGAUCCGUACGUUUGAAGCAUCAAAAAAGGACGGUGACACUUUUUCACAGUUCACUAUUCACCGGAUCCCUCGCAGCCGAGAGGUUCGACAGUCCUGGACGUCGUCUGUGAUCAGUACUCUGCGUUCUCUGCUCCACUCAGUUCCUCUGGUGUUUAGACUCAGACCUGAUGUGGUGCUGUGUAACGGACCUGGGACCUGCAUACCCCUGUGUGCUGCUGGACUUCUUUUAGGGAUCCUGGGGAUGAAGAGAGUGCUGUUGGUGUAUGUGGAGAGUAUCUGUCGUGUGGAGUCUCUCUCUCUGUCUGGGAAGAUCCUUUACCAUUUUGCUGAUCACUUCUUUGUUCAGUGGCAGCCACUACGAACCAAAUAUCCCAAUUCUGUUUACAUCGGAAGGAUCGUAUGAUAAAAGGUGUAAAAAUAAAAUAGUUUACUGUAUACUGAAAA